UUGGCCAAACGGGCACUUGGAGUUUAAACUUUAUAAUUGAAAAUCCUAGUACUAGUUAUGCUUUUAUACAGUGAACGAGCCAAUUGUCUAGCAAAACAAGCCAAACGCCGGAGAUGGCGACGACGCCAAUGAUGCCGCCGAUGGGGAACCCAAACUUUGAUGGAGGUGCACCGCCGCAGCCGCCGCAGCCGGGGACUGACAUGACAGGAAUAUGCUUCAGGGACCAGUUAUGGCUGAAUACAUAUCCGCUGGAUCGUAACCUAGUAUUUGACUACUUUGCCCUUUCCCCUUUCUAUGACUGGACUUGCAACAAUGAGCAACUCCGAUCACGCGCAAUUCACCCGCUCGAUAUUUCUCAUUUAUCGAAAAUGACGGGCAGUGAAUACACGCUGAGUGAAGUUAUGGAACCACAUCUUUUUGUCAUCCGUAAGCAAAAGAGGGACAGCCCCGAGAAGGUUACACCGAUGCUGACUUAUUAUAUACUGGAUGGUUCAAUAUACCAAGCUCCACAGCUCUGCAAUGUGUUUGCAGGUCGACUGGGACGUGCUUUAUAUCAUAUAUCCAAAGCUUUCAGUUCUGCUGCUUCAAAGUUGGAAAAGACCGGAUAUGUGGCUGGUGAAAAUGAGAGUGAAGCAUCUGAACCUAAGCCUGUUAAGGAGACCAUUGACUUCAAGGAACUUAAGCGAGUUGAUCAUAUCCUUGCUUCCCUACAACGAAAGCUACCACCAGUACCUCCACCCCCACCAUUUCCGGAAGGCUAUGCACCACCUUCCACAGCAGAAGCAUCUGAAAAUCAGCAAGCAGAGACUCAGUUGCCUCCAGUUGAUCCCAUCAUCGACCAAGGCCCGUCUAAGCGAAUGAAAGUGUGAAAUGAUACUGUCUAAGCAGUUAACUGAAUAUUUCCUGCAGUUAGUGGCUACGAGACUUCUACAACGAAAUGGUCCAGAGUCAUCCUUAACUUGAUAGUAGAUUUUUCUGUAUACUAUGUAAAGUGUUAAAUCUUUAUCUUAGGUCAGAACUUUCCAUGUAGAUCCUGUCAAGGAUAUAGUUCACCUGUAGGCUCUUUGGCCUUGUAAUGCUGUUACAUUAGUUUUCAAUCGUGUAAGUUUACCCGAGCUUUCGUAUUUUGGAACACACUUAUUGGCUCAAAUACUUUAACAAAUGCUUUCUUUAUUUGGAAGUUGGAAUGUUAAUCAAGGUUGAAUUUGAGGAAAAUAAAUAUUUAAUGGAAAUAUUGAGGAAGA